UUGCUUUCCUCCUUAAUUUCCCCACUCAGCCGCAGUCUCUCUUCCCAUCCAACCCUCAUCUCUCGGCCGCUCACUACAAAGCACAAAAGAACCAACGCCGGCCACCGUGGCCUCCGCCCACCCAGGGUUCCGCUGAGGAACCAAACUAAAUGUAAGAUCUAUCCCACAAAUCAAACCCCAACCUAAGGAACCCUCACCACUGUGUGUCGGUGUUGUACUCACGCUGGCCACCACCAGAGGUGACCGGUUGUCUCACAACCACCAAGACCGAACCUAGCUCCCAUUCUCUCGUCUAAAAGGACUCCGAUGAGGGUACACACUUCGGCAGAGAGGGCGUGGAAGACGUGCUGGCCGGUUGGUGUUGUCGGGCGUGAUGCUUGGGUGGUCGACAGGCAUGGGAAACAGCUUGCUGUUGGGUAUUGUUUACAACCUCGAGGACUUCACGUGGGGUGCUCGGGCGUGCUGGCCGACAGGUAUGGGCUUCCAUGGGAACCGAGUAUGUGGGAGGCAGCAGUGGGGAGACGAGCCUUCACGUGGGUAGCACUCGGUUGUGGUGCUGACUUGAACCGGGUCACACAUGGGCCUUGUAACCGGGUUUCAGCUGGAUUGGGUUGUAAUUAAUUUGGGUUUGGUUUGUGUAAGAUGUAAAGAGUGUAUGAUGUAAAGGGACCCUAGACACUUAAUUUUGGAUUCUAGAUUA